UCUAUAUCAGAGAAGUCUAAUCCAUUAUUUCCUAUAUGUUUUAUAAAAUUGAUAAAUGGAAACAGAAGUAUUAAUUAAAUUUUAAUACAUUCGGUUUUUUUUAUAACGUAGAAUAAAUUCAUAUAGAUCUGUUCUACUACAAGGCUAUUGGCUAUCUCAGGAAAUGAGUAACUGUGUCCCAUCAAGAGACCCUGUAACAUUUACUCUCCCCUUUGCCUUUCUCAGGUCUGGUUGGCUUCUUGGACCAGCAGGAACCAGCGCGUAGCAAUUAAGGUCAUACCAAAGACCUCGCAGGUUGAGACGGAAGCCCGAGUGCUACGCAUUACUAAAGGCAGCCAUUUCCUUUGUCACACCUAUGGGGCCUUUCAAUCACAGAACCAUGCCUAUAUUAUCCUGGAGUACAUCAGAGGGGGCACUCUUAUGGCUGGGAUGAGGAAAGCAGGGCACCUGGAGGAAGACGCCAUUGCUUUUUACUCAGCAGAGAUGAUUUGUGGCCUUCAGUUCCUUCAUUCCAAGGGGAUCAUCCAUCGCGACCUGAAACCAGCUAAUAUAAUGCUAGACCAAGAAAGUCACAUAAAAAUAGUUGACUUUGGUCUAGCAAAGGAAAACAUCUCCGGGAACGACACCACCACACGCAAGGCUGGAACACCUCGCUAUAUGGCACCGGAGGUGAUUGAAGAAAAGGAGUAUAAUGCAGCAGCUGAUUGGUGGUCAUUGGGUAUCAUCAUCUACCAAAUGGCCACCUACACAUUCCCAUUUACCAGCCCAAUGGGGAAACAACUAUCUCCACUCACGGAUGAGCCCUUUUAUCCCAGCUGGCUCAGUGAUGAACUGGUGGACCUCCUGCAAGCGCUAUUGGAGAAAGACCAUCAUCUUCGUCUUGGCAAAAACGGGAAGAUCAGGGAGCACCCUUUCUUUCGUUGUAUUGACUGGGUGAAACUGGAAAAUCGCCAACUAACACCACCUUUCCAGCUAGCAGUGCGAUCAGUUAAGAACUUCAGGGACUCUGAAGGAGAGUCACCAUUUUUUUCAAGAAAGAUAUUCUUGAACAAAAGAAACAGAGUCCUAGAGGAGUUCUCCUUCCUGGAUCCCGACUUGCAGGAGUGACACCAAGGCCAAUAACUAUGGUCAUGUCCACCAGUUCUGAACACCGUGUACAGCUGCUGCAUGGAAGCCACAUCAUCAUCUGCUGAAACUGCCCAGGAGUAACAUCUAAAUCUUUCCUGUUGACUUCCAAUGGGGCAACAUGUGAGGAGGAGAGGAAAGUAUAAAUAGAAAUUUAGGUUAGGCUAUUACAUAUGUUUAACCCUUUAAGUGUUUUUACAACCGCUGCGCUUGUUUUUAAAGUAUUUUUGUGUGUUUUUUAGCAGUUGCAUAAUUAAUUUCUGUUUUUUCUUAUUGCCUAUAACUUAUAACUUAUAACUUUUUUAUUGGUAUUGGGUGCUGAGUUUGCAGUGACGUUGGUGGAUCCAGGGCUCUGGCCACUGAUUUCAUUGCAAUAAUUGUUCAUAUGUUGGUU